GCAGAUUUGUUCCUCUUUCUUCUUUUGCUUCUUUCUACUCACAUUCUAUUGUCCACCUCUAAUAAAUUCAUUGUACAUAUAUCUUUCGUUCUCUUUUUCUCUUUCACUUCUGUACGUCUCAGCAAAGCCAGCUAUGGUCUCUAUUUCAUUAUCUGUCAUCUACAACGCGAUCCGACACUCGCUAGCAAACACAUCGUCAUUGACGUCGAUAUUACUGCGAUCACCGCUUGUACGUCGUCGAGCUACAACCAUCGAACCGAGAAAGCAGCACCAGCAGACGUUAAAGGUGCUCUAUCCCAGACUGCUCAAGCGUCGUGGCAGCAGCAAAAACGCCGUGGUGUUUGAUACACUCGCCGCAACACAAUUCUUGUCGUCGUCGUCGUCGUCGUCGUCGUCUGCUGCUGCUUUAACUUCCCACGGCAAUGAUCAUACCAUCAACGGACUUGACCGAAACACCGCCACUGCCGUCGGUGGAGGGGGUGCUGCGACAGUCACCGAUGGUACCCAACGGCAGCAACAAUACAAGCAUGUUUCAGGAUUAGACAUGCCUGUCACGCCACAUUACAGAGCUCCACGUGCACCUGUGGUCCUCUGUCACGGCCUGUAUGGUUACGACAAGUGGGGUCCUGCUUCGUUUCCAAUGCUCCAGGUCCACUACUGGGGCGGUAUCGAAGAGGCAUUGGCCAAAUUGGGUGCUAAGGUGAUUGUCACCAAGGUACCGAGAACAGGCAGUGUGUGGGAACGAGCACAGGAGUUGCAUGGCAUUCUCGGAGCUAUCUUGGCUGGCAAUAACGUGAAUUUCAUUGCCCAUUCAAUGGGUGGAUUGGAUUGUCGGUACCUGCUAUCUCAUAUCCGAGACCGUCCUUAUAAAGUCGAGUCGCUGACGACGAUAUCCACCCCUCAUCAAGGCUCACCUGUCAUGGACUGGUUUCGGGAUCACGUGGGCGUGGGUGCGGUGGUCGAUGCUGCAAAGAAGCAGAUAGAAAAGGAUUCAGCGUCAUCAUCGACGUCACUCAACUUGCUGGAUCCUGUGGUACAAAAAGUUAUACAGCUGCUCGACACACCGGCCUAUGCCAACUUGACCACGGACUAUUGCCAAGGCUACUUUAACCACAACACGCCGAAUGACCCAAGCGUCGCCUACUACUCGUACGGUGCCUCGACAAAUAUCUUGCCCUGGACGUUUUUAGGAUUGACGUGGCAGGUGGUGAAUGAAAAGGAAGGCGACAAUGACGGGAUUGUUUCUGUGGAAAGCGCCAAGUGGGGAAAGUAUAUCAAGACUUUGGAUGCCAAUCAUUGGGAUCUGAAUGGUCAAAGGUACCGCUGGCGGUCGGCCAUCCCCUCCUUGGACACCUUCAUGGGGUCUGAAGAAGGCAAGAGCAAGUUCGACUCGGUUGAGUUCUAUCUCGAACAUGCGACGCUCUUAUACCAGGAAGGCCACUAGACCUUUUUUCUAUCUUGCAACAUGUACAUAUAUCUUAGACGAUUGAUCCUCCUCCUCCUCCUCCUCCAUUCUUCCUUCCCUUAUCACGAUCUACCUUCGCUGCCUUGUUUUUUUUUACCCGUUACAUUCUUCUUCGUACCCUUAUGUUCCCCACCAUACUUACAUCUACCCAUCUUAUUAAUAACAACCCUAAAAACCCUACCGUCACUAAUAACGAGUGAGAUUGCGUUUGUUUAAAGUUCGGAUGGAAGAUAGAUAAUGCAGAUCCUGCAAAAUAACAACAGGGAUCGACAGAGCUGUCAUGGUUACACACAAAAACUGCGAAUUGUAUAUAGUCUAGUGUCGGAACCUGUUGUCCUAUGACGCAGUGUUCUUUCUUCAUUAAUACAGAAAGAAGCUCCUUGAAGAC